GUCUGCGUAGGCUGUGUGGAACGCACAGUGUUCUCACUGGUCUUACCCCCAUGUUGUAAUUUUAUAGUAUAUUCUGCGGACAUCAACAACAUGGCGCUGCGCGGACUAAACAUCUGCGUCCGAUUCAUCCGUAAUUGUCCAAGAAUAGGAAUACUUCAGAGUUCCCCCCAGAUCGGCUGUUUGGGAUGUCAAAUAGGAGCAAAACGGCAUCUCUUGUCUAAUGAUGUUGUGAAGCUGCAAGAGUUUCAACAGAAGAAACUUGCCAUGGCUCACCGGGUUACAGGAGCAAAAAGUGACUACUUUGAGAGUGUGAAUCAGAAACUACAGAAGAACGAGCUGAUUCUGACGGACGAACUGAAGCUGCUGCUGCACUUAUGCCAGUCGGCCGAUGACAUGGCCAUAGCCAAGAGCGCAAUACACAGGUUUCAUGAGGAGAAUAGAAACGUGUCAAUUAAGGACUUUAGAUUUGGUCCCCUGUUCAUGAGGCUCUGCUAUGAACUCGGACUGGAGGACAUGGCAGCGAUGACUGUAACUGAUGAGACACUCAAAGGAUUCUUCUCAGAAGCCACAUCAUUCAACAUUGCCAUAGACAUGCUUUUUAUGAAAGAAUGCUAUGAAAGUGCCUUAGAGGUUGUGGCAGUGAUGAAUAACCAGGGUGUGACCUUCAAUAGAGACACCUACACGUUAGCCUCUGCCACCUGUUACAAGCUGAAUACUCCAAAGUCUUACAGAGUCUGCAAGUCCCUGCUGGAGGAGGGACAGGCCAAAGGUCUCUUGAUAGGCAGGCACAGCUACUGUUUUGCUGCUGCUCUUGCCAUCAAACAGAAUGACAUGGAAACAGCCAAGACAUUAUACACUAAAAUCUUGUACACAGAAAGCAAACUAUGCAUGAAUCUAAACGUGUGGAUCUUGGCAAUGAUUGGAUCCAUAAAAGACGCCCUUGCUAUACUUAAUAAAUCCAUCCUCCCCAAAAGGCCGGCCUUCGUCAAGAGGCCUGAAUUUAGCCAGGAAGUGCUGGUGAUGCUGCAGAGGCAGAGUGCAAAUGGGAAGUGGGCGAAGCAGGUGGAGGUGGCGGUGGCGCGGUUGCAGGCGUCCGGGCAGGUGACGCAGCAGAGUCUGGACGACAUGCUGUGCCAGACGCCCAAGGGGAAGAGGAGGACGAUGCCCGUGCUGGUGGAGGAGAGAAAGACCGGUGGUGGCAGGAUAUACAGGCGACUACGCUCCACACUGCUGUCCGAGUAGCGCGCGCACACACAUACACACACACACACACACACUUGGAAACGGACCAGCCAGAGACAUCGGCAGAAAAUAAUCUCUUGAAAGCCGUCAAGACGUCCUCCAACACCGGUGUUAAUUCAGCAAGACUGCUUUGAACAUUGUCUCCUGCAAUGAGUAGGAGUUACCACUUUAAUUCUGUUGCGGUUCUGGAGUGACAGACUUUUUAGAAUCGGCGCUUCCCCACUCAGUCUGUGACGGACUGUCUGUGACCCCAGUCAAGUUAAUGUCCGUCUUUGUUACUGGGCAAUGCCCAGAUGCAGAACUCUGGACUCUGUGUCGAGCUUCACCACCACCACCUCUCCUGUCCAUAGGAAUACAGCGUUGUGCCAUCAAUGCGGCCCUCUCUUUUAAAAUGCCUGAUCUGGUGGCUAGCUAGGAGAGCCAAUGGAAACCUUUCCUCCAGUGUUCAUUGAGCAUCACUCACACACUUGGAUAUGGAUGCAUGGAAUGGGUGCAUCUGUAAAGGAAAGCUGCAAUAUAGAAAAUAUAGGCGUCCUUGUCCCUCACAGCCAGCAGAGGGCGCAACAGUCUCUGUAUGAAAUUGGUUUCAUGUUUGUGAGGGGGCAGAACUGCACUGGAAUGUAAUUAAGAGCUUAUA